AUGUCUUCCUCUUCUGCGGCUUUCUGCACCACAACUACUUUGGUGUCCCCUCCUUUGGAUGCCAUAUCCCGGGUUCGAUUCCCGGUACAGGCGACUCGGUCCUAUGGAGUGGGCAAUAUCCCGGCCCAUUUGUUGGCCGUAUCGAGUUGGGAUGGAGCCGUAUGUGCUACCCUGGGGGGAGCCUUAGUCUUGAUAGAUUUCAACCAAGGAGGGAAAGAGGUUAAUCGUGUUGACAAGUUCCACUCGCUACCAGCGUCCUGUGUCGAGAAGUGUCUUCUGGACCAAGACUUGGUGGUCAGUGGAGGCUGGGACCGUACCAUACGUCUGUGGGAUACUCGGACGAGGGAGGAAAGUGCAAAGUGUACUGCAGCCAAAGGGAAGAUAUUCUGUAUGGCCUUGGACCCUAGCAAUGGUACUCGAGUAAUUGCCGGAACCAGUAUGAGAGAGGUAUUGAUAUUGGACAUACGUAACCUGUCUACACCUGUCCAAGUGAGGGACUCUCCCUUCUCGCAGCCUAUGCGGUGCAUGGCCAUCCAUCCGAUGGGAACUGGAUUCGUGUGCGGCAGUCAAGAAGGGAAGGCAGCAUGGGAGCCCUUUGAGCAUUCGGAUAAAGUGAGGGGGAAGUACACGUUCAAGUGUCAUCAUAAGAAAUCCGUCGGUUCGGAUGACCAGGACGUCAGCGCUGUGAACGGCGUGGCCUUCCACCCCAAGCACGGCACUUUCGCCACGUGUGGUUCUGAUGGUGUGGUAUCAGUAUGGGACGGAGAGGCUCGGAAGCGGUUGUGGAGGAUGACCGCGGAUGAGGUUGCCUCUGGAGGAGUAUCGAGCGUGAGCUUCUCCCCGGAUGGUACCCGUCUGGCUAUGGGUGUCAGCUACUGUUUCGACAACGGUCCCAAGAGUCCUGAGCCUCCGCGAGCAGUCAUAGUUCGCCCAGUUAGCGAUAUCGAGAUGCAAGCUAAGAAGAGGGUAGACUAG